AUGGCCGUGUCCCGCCGCGUCGUCCUGCUCCUCGUCGUCCUCACGGGGGCCGCCGCGGUGGCCGCCGCGUCCUCGCCCACCACCGGGGCCUCCGCUCCCGACGAUGCCGACACCAAGCCGAGCAUCCUGACGCCCAUCGCGCACACCCCCGUGGGAUCCUUCGAGGGCGCCGAUGGACCCGUCGCCGACGACGCCAUUGACGACGAUAACGCGGCGCCCGUGGGCUCGCCCAUCGGCACCACCAUGACGGAGCCCGAGCCGGAGCUCGCGCCCCCGGGGCCUCCCGAUAGCAGCAGCGCCACCGCUGCCUCCGUACGCGACCCAGCCGCUGCUGCUGCGGUUGCCGGCGCCGCUCUGGCGGCCGCCGGCGCCAUCUUUGCCUUCUGA